AUGGCUGGCAACCAUUAUCGCCAACAAUGGCCGCAAAAUCCGGGUCCAUCAUAUGAGUACGAUCCAAGAGAUGAUCAAAGGCAAUGGCAAGAGAACGCACGAGGUCAGGCACCCUACAAUCAGGACUAUCAGCGCUACAAUGACUACCCCAAUAGUCGCAAUGGGUAUGGACCAGAACCAGGCACGGCACCAAUGAACUAUGAUCAAAAUCCUCACUGGCAGGGUCAGAACCAAUAUUUGCAGAAUGGAUACCACAACCAGUAUUAUGAAAAUGGCAAUGGCUACUCCCAGGCGCCUUAUAGAGACCAGUUUGACCAAGGCCCUCCUCCGAAUCGCACAUAUCAGUACGACGACCGCUACCGGACUAAUGGACGAGACAGACCGCCAAUGGAUCAUCACGGUUCUUCAGGCUAUUCCAAUGGACAGAAACCACCGCGUGGUCAACGAUCAGAACCUCCUACUCAAAAGAGACCAAAGCCACGUGAACGGAUCCUGACUGAACCAACGUCUCCCAAAAAUCUGGCCUGGGAUAAUCCAUUUGGAGUAUUCCCUCCUAAGAAGAAACAAGGCGACAUGGAGAGGCACUCAAGUUUGGACCAUGGGAUGAAUCAUCUGAAUCUCAAUGAGCGUCGGCACAGUGGUGGGCCUGAGUCGCGACCACAUACAUCUCACGAUCAACGCGGACCUCCAAGAAAAGAAGUUCCCAGACCUGGCACUUCACAUGAUCGACAUCCGGACAUGGGCCGUCCUCCACCGCAGGACUAUCGAAUGCCACUUGGUCAGAAUUCACCGGAGAUGAAUCGACAGCAACCAAAUUUCAGACCGCAGGGACGGAAUUCUCCAGAGAUGAAUCGACAACGACCAAAUUUCAGGCCCCCGGGUGGUAUGGCUAGUCCGCCGGUUCGACCUCCCCGGCAAGAUCCUCCACGUGAGCCACCGGCGGGAGUGAAUCCAGAUCCAUCUCUUCCUCGACCGUAUGGAGGAUUAGAUGGCUAUAAUUCUCAAGGAACAUACCGCUCUCAGGGGAAUUAUGACGCUCAAAAUCAUUACCGCGACGACUAUGGCAUGCAAAAUGAAGGUUAUGCGCAAGACUACAUUCCGUCCUCAAGACCGUAUGAAUCACCAAUAGACGGCCCUCAAUCGAGAAACCCACCUCGACAAGCAUUUGAUGAAGAUUACCAUGCAAAUGCGUAUAGAGAGCUUCCCUCUACCGAUUCGUCGGGGCAUCAGAAGACGAGAACGAAUGAAAUGCCCAAUUUUGAUGCCAUUCCCACACGAGCAAAUGAAAAAUCGGAGGAUCACAUGAAUACCGGUCCACAGCAAUCUUUCGACCAGCAAAUCUAUCGAAAACCCACUUAUCAGGUUCCAGGGGGUUUCCCGAAUCAAAUAGAUACGACGAACAAUAAGCCGCCUCCGUUGAACAACACCACCUCUCCUCUGGCUGAAUUUUCCUUUGAUCUCCCGCCUUCAACGAACGGUCGUUCCGUGACACCCGGCAGAAGUGAACUCCCUGCCCAAGGCGCGCCGUAUCGUCAAGACCAUGGUGGACAGGGAAGUUUUGACUCGAGGCCGACUGCUCGGACUGGAUAUGAGGUCAAUCGACCUGGACCAGCGUCAGUUUCGCAAUAUCCUCCUCGAGCAGCCAGUAGGAAUGGGAUGAAACCAUCAAUGGGUCAGGAAAUUCCUAGACCUCCACCAGUUCCGACCAGUGCUCAAGGGUAUCAGUCAUUCAGCCAAGAUCAGUAUCCUGGCCGACCUCACACAAGUAACGCCCAGCGACUGCCCCCACAAAGCUAUGAUGUGGGUAACCCAUACGAUCAAGAACGCACACCCGAAACUCGAGCACCUUCGGCCCCUGCGGCUCCAGGAGCGUACCAACCAGGGUAUAAUGAUCCGGGUCCAGAUCAGCCCUACCGACCAGGAUAUGGACAAGGACCACCUCCUCGAGCGGCAUCUCAAGACAAUUACAAUCCUGGUGGCCCUCGGCCUAAUACUUCCAAUUCGGCACAUCCUGUUCCCAUCAGACAUUAUGGUGAUUCAAAUGCCAAUAGCAACCCGGAUGCUCUUCCAGCUCAUCCGACGCCAGUGAGACCGGGAUUGAACAACAACAUCAGUAAUGGAUAUGGAACGAGUCAGCCACCACCAACACAAUCUGGACAAAAGCGGGAGGUAACAGGGCCCGUACCCAAUCAAGCCAAUGGCAGAAAUUCACCACCGGUUACCACUCAAGAGCUCAACGGCCUUCGGGAGAUGUACAAUCGUAAUCCGGCCGACUACGCACUCGGAUUAAAAUUGGCCAAGAAAAUGGUGGAAGCGGCGAGGGUGCUGGCGGACGAAAAUGGAACAGCCGAUACCAGACAGACGCAAAAAAAUCGAGAACGAUAUAUCUUUGACGCGCACAAAUUGGUUAAGAAACUGGUGGCAGCCAACUCCACCGAAGCCAUGUUCUAUCUGGCGGAUUGUCAUGGACAAGGACUUUUGGGACUUCCUGUGGAUCCCAAAGAGGCAUUCCAUCUCUAUCAGUCGGCAGCAAAGUUGAAUCACGCUGAAAGUGCUUAUCGAGUCGCGGUGUGUUGUGAACUGGGCUCAGAAGAAGGUGGUGGAACGCGGCGGGAUCCGAUGAAGGCGAUUCAAUGGUACAAACGGGCUGCCACCUUGGGAGACACACCGGCCAUGUACAAGAUGGGGAUGAUCUUGUUGAAAGGAUUGCUCGGACAACAGAAGAAUCCUCGAGAGGCUAUUUCGUGGUUGAAACGGGCGGCGGAACGGGCCGACAAAAACAAUCCCCAUGCAUUACAUGAAUUGGGAUUACUCUAUGAAUCGGCCACGCCAAAUGACGUUGUCAUCCGCGAUGAAAAGUAUGCCUUCCAAUUAUUCCAGCAAGCAGCUGAAUUGGGAUACAAAUAUUCACAAUUCCGACUGGGAUCGGCAUUUGAAUACGGAUUGUUGGGGUGUCCUAUUGAUGCCCGACAGAGUAUUGCAUGGUAUACUCGCGCAGCAGCCCAAGGGGAGCAUCAGUCCGAGUUGGCACUGAGUGGUUGGUACUUGACGGGCUCGGAACCACUACUGACCCAAAGUGAUACGGAGGCGUUCUUGUGGGCAAGAAAAGCCGCAAGUUCAGGACUUGCAAAGGCGGAAUAUGCUAUGGGAUACUUCAAUGAAGUGGGAAUUGGGACUGCAGCGGACAUUGAAGAGGCGAAGCGAUGGUAUUACCGAGCAGCUGCACAAAACUUCAUCAAGGCACGAGAGAGAUUGGAGGAGUUGAAGAGAGGAGGACAAAAGAUGCAAAAGACUCGAGUAUCUCGAUCGCACAUGAAUCGGCACAGUGAUGGGGAAUGUGUGGUGAUGUAA